AUAAUCUCUCUCUGUACUUUAAAAAAAAAUUCUCUAUCCCUGAGGCAAGAGAUGAGAAGAAUUCCUGGAAUUAAGGAAGCCUUUAUAAAAUUACUUAGGAGACCAGGAGGAUAGAGCUUUAUGGACUACCACUGGUAGUAGACAGUAACCUUUGGGUGGGAAAUGGGUAAGCGUGGACUGAGGAAUAGGGAGAGAGAUUUGGACGCCUGCGUACAAGCUUAGUAAAAGAUGGUAGUGUCCUCAGCGUGUGGGGUCCUGGGAAUAGAGAACCUCCACCCAUACUCUUAGCCCUGCCCCCAGACAAGUUCCGUGUCAGUUAGAAGAUGUGAUGGAAGGCCCUCAGCCAGCCACAGAAGCGCCAUUGGGACCCAAGGUCCUGACCUUCCACAUCCCUUGCACUCAGGAGACUGAAGGAGAUCACUGCUACCAGAGGCCAAUUCUACCUACCCAAAACCACUGGGUUGCCUUGUUGUCACCAUGGCAGCAGCAGCAUCUCCUGAAGCAGACCCACCUUUAUAUCCGAACGUUCUGUGCUGGAUUGUGUGGGUUCACUUUAAUCCUGCUCCUUUGCAUGUCCCCGAUGUCCUGGGUGCAGUUCCUCUCGGCAGAGAAUGGCCUUGAGCUCGAUGCGGGACUCUGGACCCUGUGUGGACAUGAACUCUGCUGGAGCCACGUACCCAUUCCACCCUACUACCUCCAGAUCUCCAGGAUCUUCUUUCUCCUCUCGGUCUUCAUUACCUUCGUUAUGCUCGCCUGGGUCAUCAGGUCCUGCCGGGACAGGAAAGAGCCCAGUACUCACUUGGACCAGGGGGUGGCCAUCCUCUCUUUGACUUCAGGAGCCAGCCUAUUCGUUUGCCUUGUGCUUUUUCUGAUGCAAGUCAAAAAGUACACUAGCUACAACAUGGAAUCAUCUUACCUGUGGAUUUUCUACUUCAACUGGUGGGGUAGCUUCUUUUACAUAGUGGUUGGGAUCGUCUCCUUCUUCAACUACAAAACCUUUGGGAUUUUGCCCUCUGAUCCGGAUGUCACUGAAAUUCUCCUAACAAGGAGAAGAUUGGGGAUUAAUCCAAAGAUGUGGUCAACACCAGAAACAGCACCGGCAGAAUCAAAGAUGGUUGUGGAUUCAGCAGUGGAAAUAGCGUCCAUAGUACCCUCUUUGGGGAAGACAGAUGACUCCAAGGUCAACAAAAAUAAAUAGGGAUGGGAAAAUCCAAUUCUAGUUUUCCUCAGGGAUGGGGCUUAAGGGUGUAGGAAAGAGGCCAAAAAGUGAGGGACAUUCUUCCUCUUCAUAGCUGGGGCUGUUUGGAGGGCUGUUUGUAUUAGAGGUAACUCUGAGGUCACAUAAGAAGGAUCUUGCCCCAGAGUACACUGUAACCCACUGAAAAAGAUAACAUUAAUGCUUAUAGCAUUUGUAUUAUUUAAGGUACCUAUAAUUUAUUGGCCACAAAGUAAAUUAUUGAAGCAAAGAUUAUCCCAAAGAAUAGUAUUCAGGACCAUGCAUGGCAGAGGCUGGUAACAGAUAUGGAGUGAGGAUUAAGAAGUUUCUAGAGAUGCUAGUGACCAUAAUAUAGGUUGGGUAGAGAGGAAGAACACGUAUAGUUGUUUGGGAAUGCUCAUUUUUUCCUAGUGGUCCUCAGAAACAGAGCUCAUUUUAGGGAGACAGCUAGAGCCCUAGCUAAGUGAGGUCAGUUCUCAUCUUCCUUUAUUACAUUUUUAAUAUUUAAUUUUU